AUGAGCCCCGAGACACAAAAUGAGAGGUGUUCUUGGGCGCCAUUACAGGGAAACAAUGAAGGUCAGAGAUGGUUAAAGGGGGAAGGAAGCAGGGAAGCUAAAACGCAAGAGGGUCUGGAGAUUGUAACGAAGAACGGGGAAAAUGGAUAUUAUGGUCCAGGAAACCCGUACUACCCACCAUUUAUCAUGCCUCAAAAUGCAUAUCCAAAUCCAUAUAUAUGUGCUUGGGGUAGCCAGCCUCUGUCGAGUAAUCCGGAAGAGUCAAGAAGAUCUGAAAAGACUCCCCAACUACCAAGUGAAUCAUCAAUUGUGCCAUUGCCAUUGGGUGCUGAAACUGAAAAAAAAUUUAGAGAAACUUCGUCGGACAUAAAUAAAGAGGCAGAGGCUGAAGGAACUAAUGAAAUAUCGGAUGAUGAUGAACGAGUUGAGGAGCCAAAGCCUGCCAGACAGUUGAGACUGGGUAAAGGAGGUGGUGAAGCACUUAGUGAUUACUUUAAGAGGAUGAGGAAGAUGAAUGAUGGAUUUAUUUCUGUGAUGGAUGUGGAUGAAGAGUUGCGAGUCAGAAAUGUGUUCUGGGCUGACGCACAUAGUCGAGCCGCGUACGAAUAUUUCGGAGAUGUGAUCACAUUUGAUACGACGUACCUAACAAAUAGGUACGGUAUGCCUUUUGCUCCCUUUGUUGGGGUGAACCAUCAUGGGCAAUCCAUACUAUUAGAGGCUGGCUUGAUUUCAAACAAGGAUACAAGUACUUUUGUGUGGUUGUUCCAAGCAUGGUUGAACUGCAUGAAUGGUCAGGCUCCAAAAGUAAUUAUAAUAGACCAAGAUCGUGUAAUGAAGAGUGCCAUUGCGAUGGUAUUCCCUGAAACUCGCCAUAGAUAUUGUAUAUGGCAUAUCAUGCGGAAACUUCUCGAGAAAUUGGGAUCCCACUCCCAAUUCAAUGCAGGAUUGAAGACUGCCAUUCAGAGUGUCGUAUAUGAUUCGCAUACCUGUGUAGAGUUUGAUACCAAGUGGGGGGAACUAAUUCAGAAAUUUGACCUUGGUGAUAAUGCGUGGCUGCAAGGGUUGUAUACCGAGAAAUCAUAUUGGGUACCAACUUACUUGAAGGGUGUAUUUUGGGCUGGUAUGAGUACUACACAACGGUCUCAAAGCAUGAAUGCUUUUUUCGACGGAUAUGUGCAUUCUGGUACAACGUUGAAGGAAUUUGUCAAUCAAUUUGAUAAUACUCUGAGGAAGAAGGUGGAAGUGGAGAUGAUAGGUGAUUUCAAUUCGUACAACCAAACCAUCCCAUGUGUAUCUCCAUUCCGUUGA